GAACAGCAACGCCGUUUUAAUUCGGGGAAUAUUCUUCACGACUCUCUCUAAUUUCUCUUCAACGACUUAAAAAGGACGUACAGAUACAAAAAAGUCGUCCAAAAGCUGCAGAAGAUUUAGAAACCGAUAAAGUAGUUAAACAUGCGAUUAAAACAUGAUUUUGUAAUCGACGGCUAGAGUUAAGCAGCGGGGAAGAGCCGGCGAGUAUUUCCAGUCAGGAAUCACCGGACUCCAGUCAGUGGAAGCGAGACGCACAGAUCCGCGUCCGUCAGAACCGCGCCUGAUCUGAGGCUACACGCUCACAUAAAGGUCCUGUGAACUCAUGAUGCUGUAGACACCAGGAGCUAAAUCUCUAAAGGAUGAAGAUCAGGAUGUUGCCUAGAAUAUACAAUCUUGUAUUUAUUUGUCCUGUAUAAGUAAAAUAAUUGUUUGACAUCCAUCUGAAUGGUCUGAACCAGAAUGGCCAAGCCGUUCUACAGACUACAGCACUUUUUAAGGCGGGCUCAGUUGCUUCUGUUUUUUCUGGGUGUGGCUUACAUCAUGGCAGGAAGCGUGUUACUGCUUCAGCGCUCCAGUGUGCUAACAUUUCAGAGAGAAACAGAUACCGCGGCGCUACCUUCACUACCAGCGCCACCUAGACCCCUGGAGCUACCUGCUGCCAGGUGGUUGUACAGAAGGAAUGUCAUCCAAGUGAUGGAGAACCAACCUCGUGAUCAGACAGACAGCAGAAAGGACCAAAAACACUUCAUAUCUCGUAAUCUGGAGAUCAGGCAUUUGAGACGCCACUGGUUCCAUGAUAAUGCAGAACAGAAAAGCUCUUCUGAACAUAAUCUGUCACACAAGAAAGACAGACAAAAAGGAACCUACAUCGGAUGUUUUAUAAACAAUGAAACGGAGCACGCACUCGGCGGGACCAUUCUUUAUGAUUUCCGCAAAAUGACCAGCGCCUUGUGUCAGGACACCUGCUCUGAGAGUGGGUUCCGGUAUGCUGGGCUGGAGUAUGGAGCGGAGUGUCACUGUGGAAAUCGGGUCUGUGCCCACCGGGCUCGGGGUGAAGACUGUAAUCUGGAUUGCCGUGGAGAGAAGGGAUCCCGCUGUGGAGGGGUGGGACGCAUGUCUGUUUACAGAGUUGAGGAUAGACUUCCAGGACAGAGGAGAUACAGAACUGUGCACUACCACGGCUGUUACAAGAAGUCACAGAACUCUACCGCUGGCUUCCUGAACCAGACCUCUGGCCCGACACACACACCUCAGCAGUGUAUCGAGACCUGUACUGAUCAGGACCUGCCAUUGGCCCUUUUGAGAGGGCAGGACUGUUUCUGCAGCCAUGCCCCAUUUCUCUUCACAAUCCAGAUGAGUGAACAGGAAUACAUGUGUGAGAGGAGCAACCAAACAAACCACACCUCUCCUUAUGACCUUGACUACUACUGGGUGUACAGUACUCCUGUGCUUGAUGCAACGUGCAAAGAAAGGAGAUUUAUGCCCCAGAAGUCCAGCACUCUUGUAGCCCUGUCCAGCUUUCCAGGGGCAGGAAACACCUGGUUACGUCACCUGAUUGAACUCGCCACUGGAUUCUACACCGGCAGCUAUUACUUUGAUGGAUCUCUGUACAACAAAGGUUUUAAAGGAGAGAAGGAUUACUGGCAGAGCGGGAGAGUCAUCUGCGUCAAGACUCAUGAAAGCGGCCAGCGUGAGAUUGAAAUGUUCGACUCGGCCAUCCUGCUAAUGCGAAACCCCUAUCGUUCUCUAAUGGCAGAGUUCAACCGCAAGUGUGCCGGACACCUGGGCUACGCGUCAGAUGUUCACUGGAGGAGCAAAGAGUGGUCAGAGUUUGUGGACAGCUAUUCAUCCUGGUGGGUGUCUCACGCUCUGGCCUGGUUGCGGUUUGCCCACCGCCUGCUGGUGGUACACUUUGAAAAUCUACAAGAAGAUCUAGCCCCUCAGUUAAAGACCAUCACCGCUUUCCUGAACACCAGCAUUCCUGAGGAAAGACUUCUGUGCACAAAGAGCAACAGAGACGGCCAUUUUAAACGCUCUGGAUCACGUAGCCUGACCUUUGACCCCUUCACCCCCGAAAUGAGAGCUCGUAUAGAUGAAUACAUCCGGACAGUAGACAGUGCUCUCAGAGACAGAAACCUUGACGGCCUACCACAGGAGUACAUGCCCAGAUGAGGAUUCGUGAACGCAGAUGCUGCCCUCUGCUGGAGGGAGGACACAGAAACACAAAGUGCCUGAGUAAAAACACAACUGCUGUCUGUCUGUUGUUUUAUUUGUGCUUUAUGUUUGUGGUUGUGCUGUCACUUGUUUGAUAGCAUUGUGGAGACUUUGUCUAGUUCAUAUGUUUUAUCAUUAAAC